GGCCAAAAAAUGCAGAAACCCCUCCCCGUCUAGAGCUGGUCCUGCACCCCUCCUCUGCGCCCCUGCCCUUACCGCUUGCACCAUACCUGCUGCAACAAUCAUGCGCUCUACACCCCUUUCUUGCACAUCAGCCAUCACCGGCAAUCUGCACUCUACCCCUCCUCUGCACCGAACCAGCCUUUACCCCUCCCUGUGCACCAAACCUGCUCCACCUCCCUCUGCACCGAAUCAGCUUCCCCUCCCCAUCACCGGCAAUCAUACCUUUCUCUGCACCGAACCCAUGCCCCUCCUCUGUGCCCCACCUCUGGCAAUCAUAUCCACCCUCUGCACCGAGCCUACACCCUCCCUCCUCUGCGCCCCACCUCUGGCAAUCAUAUCCACCCUCUGCAUCGAGCCUACACCCUCCCUCCUCUGCGCCCCACCUCUGGCAAUCAUAUCCACCCUCUGCAUCGAGCCUACACCCUCCCUCCUCUGCGCCCCAAUGCCGGCAAUCACGCCCCUGCACACGGCGCCCCGCCCCCAAUCCUGCGCCUCACACUGUAGUCAAUAGAGCAUGAGACAAACUCCUGCAAAAUGACAGUGUUCUGUGAGGUCAAUUUUGGCCCCAUUCGAUCUAUAGUGGGAAGAAAGACGACAUAUCGGAAGGUUAGGAAGAGGGGUUCUGUUUUUUGUUUUUUGCUUUUGCUUGUGUGGGUAUAAAUAGAGGUCUUUAGAUUUGGAAUGGGGUUUUUUUGGUCUGAAUUUGGGUGUUGCCGGAGGUGGCAGUAAGAGGAAGAGGAUCCUGAAUUUCCAGAGCUCAUCGAAGGGAUUGUGCAUUCUCUGGUUUCUUUUCUUUCCAUCUUAGGUAAAAAAAUCUCUGAAACAGGGAUUCUUUUAGGGGAAAAUGGUGAAGGAGAUGAUGGAAGCUUGAUCCCGUGGGUGGGAUUUCUUCCAUCAGAUCCAGACCUGUUUUCCUUUAAAAAAUCCGUCGUGCUUGUCUAUUUCUUUUAUCUGUUGAUGAUUCUGUUUUUCUUUGUUUAGGAUGUUAAAUUAAUAUAUGUUUGGUUGGAAUGAAAGCGAUUUAAAGAUCGCAGAGUUCAUUUUAUCUGAUGAAUGUGUUUGUUCUGUUUUCUGUUGAUGAACUUGGCCACUUUUUAUGAUAAAUGUGUUCUUUCUUU